CCACAGGGACGACGGUUUCGUAUUUGGCGUGAUGCGACGACACGGGUGGUGGCGAGUCGUGCCGUUUGCGUUUGUGGGGAUGGCCGCGGCUGUUGUGGCGGCAGGUGGGAUGCAACAGUGUGGGGGUGGCAUCGCACUGGAGUAUGUUGUCGUGGUCAACACAACGGACCCACUUGGCAUGCUGCUCAGCGACAAGCUGCAUGUGUUGUCCUUUGUCCAGGACGAGAAUGGCCGUGACCGUGUGAUUGAAGCGAGUGGCCUCGUGGAGGUUGGGGACGUCCUUGUGGGGGUGAACGAUCUGUUGACGGACGGCACGGCGCUGUCCCUAGUGGUGGAUUGGAUUCGGGAGGCAGACGUUCCGAAAAAGUUGACAUUCCGAGCGCACAACUCGACCCGUUGCAUUCCCCUCGAGUCUGCCGGGGCGAAUCACGACAUGGAGAGUAUCAAUUUCGUGGUUGCGUCGCAAGGAGACCAGCAAUCCACUCGGAUGUACGCGCUCGCUUCUGAAUUCGGAGACGUGAUUGCUUGCGAGUUGUAUCCUAUUGUGCUGGCAGACCCUGCACACGCAUGCGUUCCACUGAACAACAACGUCACAGGUCGAUUUGUGCUUGUGCAGAGCUCUCGGCAGUGUUCACCGCAUCAACAAGCGUUGGUCGUGGGUCGCCGUGGAGGGUUUGGCGUGGUUUUGGCUCAACACGACGGCAGAAAGAUCGAAAGUAUCCUGAGUCCGCGGGGAUGGAUUGGCACGAUUCGCACGCCCGUGGUGAUGGUGUCGCAAGAAGCAGGGCUCUACUUGGCCGAGUUGGCCGCGAGCGCGACGGCGACUGCCCCCGCGGCUAUUCAAGUCGUGGUCUCCGACACGUGCGCCGAUCGGUUCCGCGACCCCACGGUGGUCGCCAUGACCAUGUCCGAAAAGCACGCGCUGCUCGUGGAAGCGACGUCCGGGGACCUGACGAUUGUGACGCAGGAUGGGCCGCGCACCGCCGAGUUUGUGAAACCCGCCGCGAGCGCUGCGUUGGACUUGGCCCAGCACCCGCUCGUGAUUGUGACAGGCAACCUGUGCCUGCUGACCACGUCAUUGGUGUGGGUGCAAGGGUUCUUUGUCUUGGCUAAAGCGCAUCCUUCCUGCCCCAUUGACCUCCAAAUGGCGAAACUCGUCGAGGGGGGGGCAAAGGGGGUGCUGUGGAGCGUCGAAAAUGCCAACGUGCCGCUGGCCGUCGUGACCAGCGUCAACAUUCCCAUAACAGGUGCAGCAGACUCCACUUUGGCCAUCCCCUGUGUGUUUGUGUCGGGUCAGACGUUCGACUUGAUCAGAUUGUGUGCAGAAGAUGGCCCCGUGUCGAUAGCGUUCGCUGCCAACAAUGCAUAUGCAUCACAAUACAAAGAGCUGCAAGUGUUGGCAGACCCAUCCAACUGGCCCGCCAGUGCGCGGGGGCGCCAUGUCCUCUACCAUCGCAUGCGCAAAGCCAUGGCCGACAGCGACCACAAGUUGGAUGCUCUCGACCAAUGCUACCAAGCAGCCGAGUUGCACCACGAACCUCCAAUUAGUUCCACGAGUACUUGAUCAUAAGUCUCUCAAUAUGCACUAUAUAUAUAUACAUACUCUAGUAACAAAUGACAAUAGCAUGC